AUCGGUCAGUAGCUAGAAUAUUCUAGGGCGUGCGAUUGGGAGAGGGCGGUGGUCUGGGAUCUGCAGAGCUUGGCUUCUGCCUGGGAUGGCGCGUGGAAAUCAACGUGAACUCGCUCGCCAGAAAAACCUGAAGAAAUGUCAAGACUUAAAUAAAGGCAAACGCAGAGAUGACACCUUAUCAGCAGCACAGAGAAAGCAGAGGGAUUCUGAGAUAAUGCAACUGAAACAGAAAGCUGCCGAUGAAAAGAAAUCCAUGCAGUCUGCUUCCAAGUGACUGAAAGUUGUGGGAUAUUCACAAAGACUCCAGUUGUCAGAGGACCACUAAAACCUUUUGUUUUAGAUUUUUAAUUUAAUUUAAAUUACUCUACUAUUUUUACAUGCGUUUUUUUAUAAAAAAAUUUAUUAACAUA